AUGGCGGCCUCUACGAAACGUGUAAACAGAGAAGCUGAAAUUUGUAGUCGGUUCCAUUUAGACUCUAUAACAGAGACGCAGAAUAGAAGUAUACUAUCGCUUCAACAAGGACGUGACGUGUUCCUGAGUACGAGAACUGGUAGUGGAAAAUCACUGACUUACGAAUGUUUCCCACUUGUAUACCCAAAUACAUGCGUGUUAGUUAUUGCACCUCUAAUUAAUAUUAUGACUGAACAGUGUACUAAAUUAACAAAGCUCGGUUUUAAGGCAACAUACAUUGGAAGAGAUUCUGUGGAGAACACUGAAAUAGAACGUGGAUCAUAUGACUUUGUGUAUGGAAGUCCGGAGAUGCUCCUAACCA